UCAAUGAUGAUAACAGUACAUACUUUCAGCGAAACACACUACGUACAUACACAAGUGGAUCGCAAGUAGAUACUUGAUUGCUCUUAAUCAGCAUUACUAUAUGUAUCUGCAUCAAGGAUAGUCCAUAAUUCACAAGCUUUCAAACGUCGUCAAGCGGUGUGUCACACAGUGUGUUUUCUCAAUAUAUAUGUUUUAAUUUGUAAUUAUUACGCUACAACUAAAAGCGAAAUGAGAGUAGCUGUCGUUGGUGGUGGAAUCGUCGGAUUAACAACAGCCAGAUUUGUACAAACAGGAUACUUUCGUAACGCUAAUAUAACAGUCUUGGCCUCGGAUUUUGACAAUACUGUCAGUCAUGUUGCAGCGGGAAUCUUUAGAGUCGGCGCUUCAUUCUGUGGUCCUAGUGAGGCAGUAACAAGACAAUGGGUAAAAGAUUCCUACGAAUUUUACGAUGCCCUUCGAAAAAUGGAUGAUGCUUCUCGUGCUGGAGUGACUGAUAUUUCUGGAUAUAUAUUCGCUAAUUCAUCACCGGAUACUGUUAAGAAUCAUUGGCUCGAAGACGUGGUGCCAAUAUACAGAAGAGCGAACGAGGAAGAAUUCGAACUAGUUAAUGGCAAUUGGAAAUACGGAUCGUACUUCUCAACUCUUCUCACGCAAAGCAAUCUGUAUCUUCCGUGGGCUAAACACCGAUUGCAAUUAGACGGAAUUACAUUCAAGCAAAGAGAACUGAAUUCUCUCAAAGAACUGACUGACGACUAUGAUAUCGUAAUAAAUUGCACUGGGCUUGGAGCGCGCAAGUUAUGCGGCGACAAACGUCUCGUUUCUCUUCGUGGCCAAGUGCUCAAAGUGAAAGCACCGUGGAUGAAAAUGUUCUUCUACGGCGAGCUGGAUACUUAUGUUAUACCAGGUUUCAACGGUGUAGUUACUUUAGGUGGCUCGAGAAACUUUGACUCCGAAAAUAUGAAAUUGUGUCCAUAUGAAUCCGCAGCGAUUCGUGAAAGAUGCGAGACGCUGGUUCCCCCUUUGAAAAAUGCGGAAAUCCUGCGACAAGAAGUCGGUCUGCGACCACAUCGGGAGGGUGGUGUCAGAGUCGGAGAAGGGAAUCGUAUUAGUCAUCAUUCUAAAACUAUAAUUGUACAUAAUUAUGGACACGGUGGUUACGGAGUUUGCAUGGCACCUGGAACUGCUAUAGCGGCCGUGGAUGCAGCCGUCAAACUUCAUAAAUCUACCAGCUCCAAAAUAUAAUUACUAUCUUGUAUAUCAUUUUUUUUUCAUUAUAUACAUUAUUUAAUAUUGUAUCACAGAAAAUACUGUCGAAAAACUUUCUUCUAUCUGCACAUACAUUCUUUAUUAAUGGAUUUUACAUAAAUUAGAAUAGUCUAAUACUGCACAGUCAUAUACAUGCUUAGACAUAGUCUAAUACUGUAUCAUUUGCUGAGAAAUGCACUUAUAAAUAGAACUUUCCGUUAUAAGGCUCG